AUGGCCAGCAAAGCCGCCACCAAGCGUUUGACACGCGAAUAUAAAACUAUCUCAGAGAACCCCCCUCCUUAUAUCGUCGCUCACCCAUCCGAGUCUAACAUUCUUGAAUGGCACUAUAUUAUCACCGGGCCUGAGAACACUCCUUAUCAUGGCGGCCAGUACUGGGGUACUCUCAUGUUCCCCCCGAACUACCCAUUCGCUCCUCCUGCCAUCCGCAUGCACACCCCUUCCGGACGAUUCCAGCCCUCGACGCGCCUAUGUCUGUCAAUCUCCGAUUUCCACCCCAAGUCCUUUAACCCUGCCUGGGAAGUCUCUACCAUUCUGAUCGGACUGCUCUCAUUCAUGACAAGUGAAGAGAUGACAACUGGAUCCGUUUCAAGCACAGCUGCCGAACGAAAAUAUCUUGCCGCUCGAUCGCGCUGGUGGAACUCAACUGGCAACGGCUCACAUUUGAAGAGCAACCCUCAAAAGGGCAAUGUUAAGGCUGGCGACGGCGGUGCCAAGUUCCGAGGAGAGUGGCCCGAGGUCGAUGCCGAGAACUGGGAGUGGAUGACCAAGAACAAGGUUGACCCUGUUACCGGCAACCGAUUAGAUGCUGACAACAAUGGAUCUUGUCGACCUCAGUUGGGCAUUGCUGGAACCAGCGGACACCAAACACAAGCCGUUGUCGAUGUUGUCAACCAACAAAGAGAUGCGGGUGCAGGAUUUAUAUUCCGCAACAAACUGUUAUGUGCCGGUGCGGCCAUCUUCCUCUACGUCCUUGUCGCUAGGAUUAUAAGCGGCGACGAGUAA